AUGGCUUCAACUAGUUCCAAAUGGUCCGAGGAGAACGAUUACGCCAAUGAAUACAUUCAUACCGGAGUUCAACCUAUUAGUCAUGUUAGAAAUGCCACUAUGCCAAGAGAAGGGUAUCCCAAACUAGAAAAAUUACAUCAAUUAAAGGAAAAGAAAGUGUCAGAACAUGCAGUUAAGCCUUAUGGGUGUCGUAUAGCUGCUCAUCUAUUAAUGAUUCAGAAACUUAAUAGUUGGAUCACAGAUCAUGGAUUGGUAUUUGAUGUGAUUAUGAUUGGAGCAUUAGUGGAGAAUCAGUUCAUUUUACCACUUUUAACUAAUCUCCCAAUUCAAAAAUUAUGUGCUAAACCUGGUUACUUGUUCAUAUGGGCCACUACUCAAAAAAUCCAAGAAUUAACAAAGGUAUUGAAUAAUCAAAAUUUCAAUAGUAAGUUUAGAAGACUGGAAGAAUUAAUUUUUAUCCAGUGUAAUCAAGAAUCUGGUGGUGGCAAAGGGUUUGGACCGGAAGAUUAUCAAACAUGUGAAAAAGUUCCAUUACUUCAACGUCAACAAUGGCAUUGUUGGAUGUGUAUAACGGGAACAGUUAGACGUCUGACAGAUAAUCAUUUGAUUCAUUGUAAUGUUGAUACUGACUUACAAAUCCAAACUCCUCAAUCUGUUCAUGAGGGUCCCUCUGCUGUACCUGAUGCCAUGUACAAAAUUGCAGAGAAUUUCUCCAAUACAAAUAGAAGAUUACAUAUUAUUCCUUCAAGAAUUGGAUAUAACGUACCUGUUAGACCUAGAAAGGGUUGGGUGAUUAUGCUGCCGGAUAUAAUUCUUGAUAAUUUUGAUCCCUCAACGUUCCAAAAGGAAUUGUACGAAAAGUCAAAAGUAAACUACGCCAAGAGUAACCAGCCCCAAUUUCUUGUACCUCAAAGUGCUGAGAUUGAAGAAUUAAGACCAAAGAGUCCAAACAAAUAA